GACUAUGAAACCAAAACUGAUGAACUAACUCGUAAAAAAGGUGAACUAGAAGCGGAAAUCACCAACUUAGAGACUAAAUAUAAAAAGAAAGCUAAAUUACUAGAUGAGGAACAGUGCGAAAAUAAUAAGCUUACCCAAAGAAUCACCAGUUUAGAACAACAAAUUGAAAAAGAAAAAUCAACUCCUUUACCUCAAAGUUGA